AUGCUUCCUAGCCAUUUUUAUUUCCUCUCCUUGUGCAUCAAUAGCAUAAAUAAGCCAGUAGCUCGUAAAUCGAGAAGGUGCGGCCGUCAGCGGAUUAGUGCGAUAUCCCCUGCCAUUGUGCAAUCCUCACUGACUGGUGACAUUGCUGUCGAUGCAAGAACGGUUGCAAUCUCCUGGAUUUACGCAAUAUCUGACCCCAACUCAUGA